AAUACUGUUGAGCGACAUAUGCUUCAUGCAAAAAAGGGGGUCUGAUUCCAGCCCAACACUGAUUAUUUUUCUUCUUCUAUUGUUUAUUUUGUGAACUCAGGCUGACUCGAUGCAUUGUGUUUGGUUUGAUAGCCUGGACCAUCUAAAACAUCUAAAAACGAAAUGAAGAUGAUCCUAGCCUUCUUCCUCUAGUGUUGACUUUCCUAUCUGGCUGAAGUUUAUCAACAAACAACCAUCAAGAUAUUUCACAAAGAUCAGUGUUAACCUGCCAAAAAAAUGUUAAGCAUAACACAUACAGAAGAAUCUCCAGACCUGAUCUCAAUGAAUCCAAGUCCAGGCGAAGUGAAAAUUCACCACUGUUCAGACUGUGGAAGGAGUUUUUCUCUACAGAGUGAUUUCAAAACACACCAGCUCAUUCACACAGGAGAGAAACCGUAUACGUGUUCAGACUGCGGGGCAAAUUUUACUACACAGAUUUAUCUCAACAUACACCAGCGCAUUCACGCUCAAGAUAAACCAUAUAAGUGUUCAGACAGUGGGAAGAGUUUUACUGAACAGAGUAAUGUUGUAGGACAUCAGCAUAUUCACACUGGAGAGAAAGCCUAUCAGUGCUCCUCACAGAGAUUUACCUCACAGAGUCAUCUUCAAAAGCAUUUGCGCAUUCACACAGAAGAGAAAACACAUCAGUGCUCAGACUGUGAGAAACAUUUUACUACACAGAGUGAGCUCAAAAGACACCAGCGCGUUCACACAGGAGAGAAACCGUAUCACUGCUCAGACUGUGGGAAAAGUUUUAAUCUACAGAACAAUCUCAAAAUACACAAGCGCAUUCACACUGGAGAGAAACCGUAUCACUGCUCAGAAUGUGGAAAGGAUUUUAAUACAUUGAGUAAUUUCAAAGUACACAAGCUCAUUCACACUGGACAGAAACCAUUUCACUGUUCAGAAUGUGGGAAGGAUUUUAAUCAACUGGCUAAACUGAAACUACAUCAGCUCACUCACACAAGAAAGAAACAAUACAUCUGCUCAGAGUGUGGAAAGGGUUAUGCCACACAGAGUGGUCUUAAUAAUCAUUUGCGCAUUCACACAGGAGAGAAACGGCAUCACUGCUCAGAGUGUGGGAAGAGUUUUAGUCGACUGAGUACAUUCAAGCUACACCUGCGCAUUCACACAGGAGAGAAACCGUAUCAGUGCUUGGAGUGUGGGAGGAGAUUUAGUCGACUAGAUUAUCUCCAGCAACACCAGCGCAUUCACACAGGAGAGAAACCAUAUCACUGCUCAGAGUGUGGGAAGAAUUUUAAUCAUCGGACUAGACUCAAAGUACACCAGCGCAUUCACACAGGGGAUAAACCGUUUCACUGCUCUGAGUGUGGGAAGAGUUUUAAUCAUCGGAUUAAACUCAAAAUACACCAGCGCGUUCACACAGGAGAGAAACCGUAUACCUGCUCAGAGUGUGGGAAGAGUUUUGCUCAGCUGAGUUCUCUCCAGCUACACCAGCGCACUCACACCGGGGAGAAACCGUAUUACUGCUCAGAGUGUGGAAAGAGUUUUAGUCGGCCAGAGAAUCUCAAAGUACACCACCGCAUUCACACUGGAGACAAACCGUAUCACUGCUUAGCCUGUGGGAAGAGUUUUACUCAACAGAGUGCUCUCAAAAUACACCAGCGCACACACACCGGAGAGAAACCGCAUCACUGCUCAGUCUGUGGAAAGAAUUUUGCGCUACUGGGUCUUCUAAAGCUACAUCAGCGCAUUCACACAGGAGAGAAACCGCAUCAUUGCUCAGAGUGUGGGAAGAGUUUUAGUCGACUAAAUAAACUUCGAGAACACCAGCGCGUUCACACAAGAAAGAAACCACAUUCCUGCUCAAACUGUGGAAAGAACUUCAACUAUUCACUAUCAUUCAAGAAACACAAGUGUACUGCCACAGCAGUAGACAGUAACACUCCUUCAACCAGUUCAGGCCCCAACGAAGAUGUUACAAAAAGCAAGGAACUUGUUUAUGGAGAAGAAGAAGAAAAAGUUUUUGAAGUGUAUUCAUAAAACAAAAUACACUGUUGUGUCAUAGAUGCCAUGUCUAGUCAAAGGUCCAAAAAUGUAUAGUAAAGGGGUGACUGCAAACAACUCCAAACAUUCUUAAUUAUUUUACCAAUGUAUACAUGUUGAGAGUCACAGUGUGACAAGAUGAAUGCUAUGGUUUCACAGGUGUUUGCUUAGGUGUUACUAAGUGGUUGCUGUGGUACCCUAUGUGUAUCAUCUUUUUUGCAUGCCACACUUAAAUAUGGGAAAAGAUGUUAAAUGAAGGGUGUUGGUAGUUAUAUGGUCAACAUUCUACAGAAAAAAUAAGGAUAUAAAUUGGUAAACAAUAUAGUUGUGAUUUGCUUUGCAGAAUGCAAUAAUUGUUAGACAGUCCUGACGUAGCCGUAUUGAUAGCUAGAUUAAAAUGAAUUAUAAUACAUUUUUUGUUUAGUUGUAGGAAGUUCUAAUAUGGUUUGAAGAAUAACCAUUGAAGUACUGAUAUGUGUAGUUGUACCAAUUAAUCAUUCUUAGCAGAUGAUAUGGCUUCCCAAACCAUCAAUAACCAUCAGUAAAUUUUGCAUUAUCUUUGGAGGUAAAGGUCCAGAGUCUGGAGGAAGAGUGGAGAGACACACAGUCCAAGCUGCUUAAAAUCUAGUGUGAAGUUUCCACAAUCAGUAAUGGUUUGCAGACUCAUGUCAUCUGCUGGUGUUGAUCUAUUGUUUAAUUUCUUCUUGCUGUAGUAUAGAGAAUACAAAAUAUACUUCUGUUACUAUACU